AGGAAGAUUCGGGGGCUGAACGGUUGCGGAGGAAACGGCCGGAAGGGAAGGGAGGGGUUGUUAUGAGCUCCGGGCGGUGGUGGCAGCUCGGAGAUACACGGAGAUGAAUAGACGCAGGGACUAGGCAGUGGAGGCAGCGCUUCUCAGACUUCGUGCGCGUGCUGCCGUGUGCUCCCGUGCGUUCAGUAGCGGGCUGGAACGGCGUCGGCAAAGGUGAGGUGCUGUGUGUGCAUGUGUGUGUUUGUGUAUGUGAGAACAUGAUACCGGUUUGUUGGAUUAGAUGUGAAGUUGUGGAAUAAAUGACGACACCACAUUGUGUGAGAGAACAGAAGAUAAGAUUGUCAACGUUGUAUCGAAAACCUGCUCGCUCUCCUAAAAGUGGUGAUCAUGAUUUGUAAGUGGAAGUCGCUCCUGUCGCCCGGGCGAGAGAUGCACGCCAUCAAGAAGGGCCUGCUGUGGCAGCAGCGCGAUCGCCUCUUCUCGCGCUGGAAGGAGCGCUACUUCAUCCUGACGCGCGACUACCUGCACUGCUUCAAGCGCGCCACGGGCUCCGCCGAGAACCGCAUCUCCGACAUGGGCCAGUUCAUCUUCAAGGUGAAGCUGGUGGAUGUGGAGCGCGUGGAGUGGGUGAACCGGCGCACCUACAGCGCCGUGGUGCUGACGCUGGGCCGCGACGGCCGGGUGCUGCUGCGGGCGGCGGAGGGGCUCGAGGACUGGUUCGAGCUGCUCGAGGAAUGUACCCUUGCAAGCAAGGAGCGACGUCAAAUGUUGCGCAAGUCACAUGACCCCAGCUGGCCACGAACUGAUAAUUUCAAUAACAACUCCAUAGCAAGUAAUCUGGAAGACUGGCUCUUAGCUAGGCAAAAGAUAGUAUUGCAUUAUUAUUAUUAUUAUUAUUAUUAUUAUUAUUGA